AUGGAGAUAUAUAAAAUAACGUCACCAAAAGAAUGGAAAUAUUUCGCAAAAGGAGCAGCUAAUAUACUAUUCAAAUACACAGGAAGUAAUGAUUAUUUAAGACAUAAAUUAUUAAGACUAAGAUUAUUUAAAAAGGAUGAGGAAUAUAUAAGUACUUGUGAAUUAUAUGAUUUUAUUGAAUUAAAAUGUAAAAAAUUAUUCCCCACGUUAAUUAUAGACAUACAAUUGAUAGUUUUAACUUUUGAAUUUAUAAAUGAUUUAAACAAAUUAAAUAAUUUGGAAAAUUUGAAUUAUAAUUUAAAUCUUAAUGAAAGGUAUGGUUUGUUAUUACCUAAUAUAUUGGAUGGAAAUUAUACUAAAAUUUCAUUACUGAAACAUUGUCAAUUAUAUUUUAAUGAUAACAACCUCAUACUGCAACAACAAGAAGAACAACACCAACAACAACAACAACAACACCAACACCAAAAUAGUAUACAAAACAAUAACAUACUAAAUCUGCAUAAUAGUAAUGACGAAAACGGAAGAAUAACGAAUUACAAUCCUCUAAUACUACAACAACCAUCAUUAUCAUCAACAUCAAACACGAUCAAUUCAAUUAUUUUUGAAAUAAAACCAAAAUGGCUUUACGACAAUAAAUCACAAAAUUACUGCAGAACAUGUUCAUUAAACCAACUCAAAAAUUACAAAAGACAUUUUUGUCCAUUAGAUUUACUUUACCCAGAAACUUACAAUCAAGCCAUAACAGAUAUUUUUUCAGAAAUUCCACCAGAAAUACUAAGCCUAAUAGAAGAACAAAACAAUUUCCCCAUUAAAACGUUAUUUAAAAUUUUUCUAGAGAAUGAAUCAAAAAACAUUUUUCUCAAAUUGAAAAAAUAUCAAAAGAUAAAUAAUAAAAAUGAUUUAUUAGAAAACAUAUCAAAUAGUAACGACGUUUCCAGAAACUUAUCUUUAGUAAUGACAUUAAGAGACGUUGGAAUUUUCAUAAAAUUUGAAAAAUUUAAUAAAUUCAAUAAUAUUCAUAAUUCACAUAACAAUAUAGAUAAUAUAAUCACUUUAGAAGAUAAUUCCAUAGACAAAGAAUCUACUAUUGAUAAUGAAGAAAUUAUUAAAAAUAAAUAUUUAAUCACUUGUAAUAUAUAUGAUUUAGAUCUUAAAUCAAAAAAUAAAUAUAAACAUUGGAUUAAAGUUGAAAAUGAUUUAAAAGAUAUUUAUAAUUCUAAAAAUGAAAAUUGGAGGUAUUGUGUUAGACAUUGA